AUGAAGGAUAUCAUUUCGAAGAGGCGUACCACUGACACUAACCCGAUUAUUCUAACUGAAACGUGUAGUGCUAUUUUGCAGGGUAUGAAGAUUCCGAUAAAGAAGAAAGAUCGAGGAGUUGUCACCAUCCCAUGUAUUAUCGAAGGUAGGUCGUUCAACAAAGCUCUUAUUGAUCUGGGAGCUAGUGUGAGUCUCAUGCCAUCCAUUUACAGGAAGCUUGGUAUAGGGGUUGUGCAAGAUACCAGGAUGACAUUCCAAUUCUCCGAUCAUUUGGUCAAGAAACCGUAUGGCAUUGUUGAAGAUGUUUUGGUGAAGAUUGAUAAGUUUGUUUUCCUAGUGGAUUUUGUAAUUCUUGAAAUGCCGGAAGAUGAAGAGAUCCCUCUCAUUCUGGGGAGACCCUUUUUGGAAACAGGAUGGUGCUUGAUAAACAGAGAAGAAGGAACAAUGACGUUGAAGGUUUAUAAUGAGGAAUUGAAAAUCGAUGUUCGUAACACCAUGAGGUACAAGGAUGAUAUUUAUACCAUUCAUACUAUAGAGGUUCUGGAUCAGGUGACGACAUAUGAUAGUCCUUUGAAUGCACCUCAAUCACCUUUGGAAAGAGUGUUAAGUUUGUCCAUUCUCGAUUCUAAUAAAGAAAUGGACAAUGGGGAAUCUAAAGUGCUAGCCUUAUUAGACGCACAACCCUCACGGAAAGGAUCUCGACCACGCCGGUGGGAGGAUUUACGCAUACCUCAAUCUAGUGAGGAGAAUAAGGAACCAAAGAAGGGAACAAAGUUGAAACAAAUGCCUGAAAAUCUUAAAUAUGUCUUUCUAGAACCAGAAGGAAAAUGUUAUGCUAUCAUAAACUCAAGCCUUCAGAAUAUCCAAGAGGAAAAGCUCAUCCAAGUCUUGAAAAUGUACAAAAAUGUUAUUGGAUGGGCAAUUGAAGAUUUGAAGGACAGGUGCCAGAAAACGAAUUUAAUUCUGAAUUGGGAGAAAUGUCACUUCAUGGUGCGUGAGGGGAUAGUGUUGGGUCACAAAAUUUCCUACAAGGAAAUUGAAGUUGACCAAGCAAAAGUGGAAGUGAUAUCUAAACUCCCACCCCCAGUUAAUGAAAAGGGUAUCAAGAGUUUCUUAGGAGACGCAGGUUUUUACCGCAGGUUCAUAAGAGAUUCCUCAAAAAUUGCUAAAUUGCUGACCACUCUAUUGGUUAAAGAUAAGGCGUUUUUGUUCAACAAAGAAUGCACCAUGGCCUUUGAGACAUUGAAGAGCAAACUGAUUUCAGCACCCAUUGUUAUUGCCCCUGAUUGGUAUCUUCAAUUUGAGAUCAUGUGUGAUGCUAGUGAUAUUUCUGUAGGGGCAGUCUUAGGACAGUGA